CGCAAUCCUACAGUAAUGAAGAGGAUUUUUGAUCCACUACCUAGGUCGAGGCAUGGUUUUAGAGAACCAGCUAUUGCGGUAGCGAUACCACUCGUUCGUGACUCACGGCCUGACAUCGCAGCCUGGCCUGCUCCACCGCAAAACGUGCCGCUAACUUGUAUCAGCGGAAAUGUACGGCUUAGUGCGCGACUUUUCAGAACCCCUACAGCCGGACCACCCCGACAAUCCAUCUCACCAGUUCCUGUUUCGCCGGCAUCGAACAGUGGCAGCACUCAGGCAGAAAUCGAAGAUUCUACUACUUUAUUAACUAUCAAAGGAAUCCCGACUUUAGCACUGAAGCGAAAAAUCCAGACGCUUGAGGAAACAGUAGCUGAAUAUGAACGGCAGAAGUACAAUGUAAUGGGAACCUUUAGCGAGUACAGAGAACGUGUGGCUGAACGUGAGCGCAAACUGGAAGCAGAAUAUUCGAGCAAAAUCAUAGCACUUUCCGAGGAAGUGCUAGGAGCGAAGAAGGAUUUCGAAGCACGAAUGAAGAGUUUUCAGGCGCUUCAGGAUAAGUUCGAACGUGAGAAGGAGCAGGCUCUAGAGAAACUCCGCCAGGAACACCAGAAGGAGAUUCAGCUUUUGGAGCAACGCUUCUCGGAGUCCCAGCUACUGAAUUUGGAGCAAAAGUAUAUGAUUGAAAUUCAAAGACUAGAAGAGGAACGAAAAUCGCUACGAUCGGAAAAAGAGCGUUUAGGAGAAACAUUCGAGAUGAAACUACGACGAGCGCAGUCACUUUACGAAACAGAACUUACAGCGGCUAAAAUGCUCUAUACAAAAGAACUGGAAGCUCUCAGAGAUCAUGAAGAAGCUUUGAAGGAGGAAUUAUUAGCGAGGCAGGACGAGUUCCACGACCGUCUUCAAGAGCUGCAGCACCAAGCCCGCAGGAGCCGUGAUGAGUUAGCCAGCUGCAAGAACGAAGUGACUGCACUGGAAAGGAAGCUCCAGUCAAAGGAAGCGGAGGUUCAGGCUAUCAGCAAAGAGCUCGAGGAUGCAAGAGCUGAAACAAACGAUGCGCUCAGGCGCCUUUCCCAAUCAACUAGCGAGUACAAUGAACAUAGAGCUAAGCUCCAACAACAAGAGGAGGAAUUAAAGAAAAAAUCUAAGUUGCUGAAUGUGGUCGAAGCAGCGAAGACUAAGCUUGAAGGAGUCAUUCGUGACCUUCAAACUGAAGUGCGAGCGCUAAAGAACAAGGUUGAGUUUCUGGAAAAAGAGCGCGAAAAUCUCCAAAGCCAGAGCGAAAGCCAAACCAAGUUGCAGAACUCGCAAGUGAAUGCCCUCGAAGCUGUUUUGGAAAGUGUUACAAAGGAAAAAGAAGCCACUAAGGAGCAUUACGAAAGCUUACUUGCGAAAGAGAGACAGCAGGCUGAAGCACGAGAGCAUGCUAUGAAGAAGGAGUUCAGCAGCAAGCUCAACGAGCUUGAGGAGCAGUACACCAGUCUCAAAGAAGACCUGGAGCAUUCGGCUAGGCUAGAUAGGGACGAGCUGAGAGAGGCUACUCAGCAUGAGAUACAGACUCUCAAGACGGAAAAAUCCUUGCUUGAGGCAGAGGUCACGGCGCUGAAGCAGAAAUUUUUGGAUGAAGGAGAGUCUGAGGUAAGAGGG